CGUUGGCCGGCAAAUUUUCAAACCAUCCAUCCAUCCUCGCUUGCAAACACAACCUCCAAAGCCAACAAGCAACAAGCAACAAAAGCAUGGAUUCUCCAACAUCACCGCCACGAACAGAGAGCCGUGGCUCAACACCAGCGCCAUCUCAGGCGCCAUCUGCGGACGACUACCUGAGCUUGCUGCAGUUCACCAACAUCACACCGCGCACCGCCGCAACCCAGCACUUGGAGCGCUUGCACAGGGCAAAGCAACAGCCCCGGCCGCUGCACUGGGAUGACGCGCUGCUGCGGUUUGCCAUGGAUCACGACGAGAGUGGCGCAAGUGAUGCUGCACGUGCGCCUGGCGCGUCCUCAUCCGGCCGACACAUGCGCGUGCCGGACGCUGCACGCGUGCUGCCUGAUGGCGCGAACACGCUCGAUGACGACAGUGACGGUUUGGCGGGCGAGCGCGUGGACGAGCACAACACGGCAGAGGCCGUGGCGUCUGCAUAUGACCAACACGGCGGCAGCGCGCCGCUGGACGGGUUUGAUCCGCGCCGAACCGUUGACGACAUCUUGGAGGAGUACAGGGCGAGCAAGCGGCGUCAGGGUGAUGGCGAUAAUGGCGAGAACGAGGGAAAGGACAAGGGGGGCGGUGCAUCGAAGCGACAAAACAGAAAACAAGGGCAAGACCAAACCGUGACAACGGAUGAAGAUGAAGAGGAGCAAGAAGACAGCAGCAACACUGGUGCAGUCCAGACUGACAGACGCAGAGCACCAAACCUAACCACCUUUGCGGGGGCAACCACAGCCCAGAGAGAACGCGCACGUGGACCAACAUCUGCCAAUCGGCCUGCAGGUCGGUCGCGUUUGGGACAGCAGCGCAAUCGCCGUCGCGAGCACCAGCGGCGUGCACAGCAGCAGCAGCGCGAGGUGGAGGCCGCAGUUAUGCGGGAGCAGGAGGGGGUGCGACAACAACAGCAGCACCACGUGACGGCACUCUUACGCGAUAUGGACUGCGAUGCACACAGCAGUGAACGCAUUCAGCGCAUGGCGAAGGACGCGGUGGAGGCUCUGAGUUCACCCACGCGUGAUGAUGAUGACGAUGAGCAGGAGGAAGGGGAAGAGGGCGAUGGCGGUUACGGUGGCAGCUUCCGGUAUGGCAGAGGGCGUGGCGGUCAUGGCGGUCAUGGUGAUGGUGAUGGUGGUGGCAACGAUGGUGAUGGUGCACGGGAUGCUGGAUUGACGCACUUGGAGGCAGCCAUGAAGUCAUUGUGCAACUCGAUGAAGACGCACCUCUUUUCCGAGUAUGGCCGGGCGAAGAGCGAACUGCUGCUGUCGUUUGAGCGCACGCUGGAGAAGGAGAGAGCCGAGCACCAGCGGCAGAGGCAACAGCUCACUCGAGAGCUGGAAGGGCUGCGGGAUCUCGUGUCCACAUAUGAGACGCACCUGAGACGAAAAGACGAUGUGAUUGCAAACACGACCAACGCUCUUGCGUCACAGCGCGAGAAGAUGCGCGCGCAAAAGUCGCUUGCGCAGUGGCACGUGCAGGCCGUGGACCAGCGUCGCGCGGCGUUUACAAGCAAGAUUGCCUGCAAGCACGCGCGCCGGCAGGCGAUGAUCAGGGCAUUUCGUGGCUGGAGGAGCGUGAUUGAGAACAAGUGGCGCCAGCGCAUCGAGCGAUCCUGCCGGCUGCGAGCAGAGGAGAUUUGCCACGACAUGAGCGCAGAAUACGAAGACAAGCUCAAGCAGGUUCGGGCACAGCUCUUGGCAGCGCAGGCUGAAGUUGAGCAAUCGCGAGUGAUGCGCGCACAGCAGGAGGAACGCAUGAAGAAGGCAUUCAUGCGAGGCGUGUGUGCGCUGAACAUGGAGGCGAUGGAGGUCUUUGACAAACGCGCGUACGACAACCAGUUUCAAGACCUGCAGCAACCGCAACAACACGAGUUUCAACAGCCCCCGCAGCAGCACUUCCAGCACCAAGCACAGCGGCAGCAGCAGGGGCGUCCACGGGUGACGCUCGAUACAGUGCCGCGCUCGCACGCACCGCCGCACCCGACAGCCGGGCCACCACACCCGCGGCCAAUCGCAUCAUCGUCAUCGUCAUCGUCGUCGUCAUCAACGCCAUCGCCAACACACGGCUUCUCCCAGCGUGGUGGCGGCGACAACAUGACGUUGCGUGCGCAACAACGGCGGACGGACGUGCGUGUUGCAACACGUGGAACCCCCGUGGUGUCGACGCGCCACGGCGAGACAGGUGUCAAGCUCGUAUCGUGAUGUGCACCGACUCACACUGACUUCCACGCCAGCCUGCCCUCCCUUUCUGCAACUGCCUGCCUGCUGUUGCUUGUUCUGCUUGCUUGGCCUUUUGUUGUGCAUUGGGCCUGCUUCCUGGUUUCUGUUUCCCCAUUUGUACACACGCGCGCGCGCGCAUCACGCACGUGCUCUUGUUCUUGUGCGCUUUCCUGCUUGUUUAACUUGAGCUUGCGCGCGGCGUUGGAAAGACAUUGCUCAUCGACGCAAUCUUCGAAUAACGAAGCGACAACAAAC